AUGAAGCGAUCACGAGAGCUUGAAAAAAGACUUAAGGAAGAUGCAAUCAAAGAUUCUAGGACAGUCAAGUUGCUGCUGCUGGGAGCUGGUGAAUCAGGCAAGAGCACUAUUGUGAAACAAAUGAAGAUCAUCCAUAACCAUGGCUACACGGAUCAGGAAUGCGAGGAGUACAAAUUGGUGGUUUACAGCAACACCCUGCAGUCCAUUCUGUCGAUUGUAAAGGCUAUGUCUGCCCUGGGAAUCGAAUAUGAGAAUGCGCGAAGCACUGAAGACGAAAAGCAGCUUUACGCCAUGGCGGAGAUCACAGAGGAUGGGUCCAUGACUUCUGAACUGGCUGGCAUCAUCAAGCGCCUGUGGAAGGAUCCAGGGAUCCAGGCUUGUUUUGAGAGAGCAUCCGAGUAUCAGCUCAACGACUCUGCUGCUUAG